CAAUUUCUAGCUUGCUGGUUGAGCAAAUCGAUUGACGACUUUGACGAAUCCUCGCGAGUUGGUCAAUUGCAGCGUAUAAUAGAAGCUCAUGAUAUGCAGCAUACAUACGUAGUAUUUUUCGCCUGCGACCAUAUGCUCCAUGCCGGAAGGGUUGUGAUCGGCCUCCCUGACACUGCUGAUCACCAAAAUCCCCAAUUCAAUGCGCGCUUAUGCUGCUGAUCCUCUCGCUUUCUUCUGCGAUUACCGCUAUGGGAGAUGAGCUUAAGGCGCUUCUGGAAGCAGUCACCAAGCUGCAGCCUCUUCUCGCCGACCCAACUCAUUUUUCCGAAUUGAAGCUGGUGCGCUAUCUCAAGGGCGAUUCUUCGGACGGUCACAAGUCUAUGCUUCAGGAUGAGCUAGGGCUCCUUUCUUUUGGCUUGGAACACUAGGUUAGCAGAAUACUACAGGAACUUUGUGGGACUUGAUGUCAUGUGCGCUUCAUUGCGAGUAAGCUGUAUGUCUCGGCGUCUAAGUGUCGAUGCCUCCGAUGAUACUAUGGAGGAUAACUAGGGAUUUGACUUGGUUAAUGUCAAGCAUGUGGUACUUUCCUUUCCAGAGCUUCAAUAUCUGGGUUCAUCGAGUUAGAUUUUCCUGCCUGCAUAACGAUUAUGAACUUUUCGUCGUUUGAUCGUUCCUUAAUUUCAUAUGAUUGCCUUCUGGUUUGGGAAUUUCUUGUACGUGGUUUGCAAGGUUAUCAAUAGUACUCAUGCGAAUUGUGGUCGGCAAAUUUUGAAACAGCUGAGAGAACAAGUUGAUCACAUCACCGCAUUGGCUGGAUUUCAGUUUGUACCCAAUGGCCAGGCAUCCGGGGGACAAAGGGAGAGCGUAGUGAGGGCUCGUCCAAGCCCUGGCAAUCGCAGAAUAGGAGAGCCUUUUGAGGGCGGCAGAGGCCAGCCUAUUUCCAGCAAUCGCUUGAAAGGUGAAAAGUUUGAGGACGGGUCUUGCGUAAGAGGAGCUAAUCCGAUCUCGAGUGCUGGACCAGUAGAGGAGCACAUUCCAGCCUCGCAAGCUGCACAGACAAUCCCUAGCUCUCUCCCCACUAAAAGUCAUGGCAACCAGAAUAUUGCAUCGUUAGCGGGAUCACAAUCAGCCCCUGACGUUUGCUUUGGGGGCAAUUGCGGGGAGCCCCCUCCAUCAACCCAGUCACCCGGCCUCACUUCCCGUCUCCCUUGGGAUCAGGCUGAGCGGAUCGCACCCCUUGUAGGACACCGUACAAUGUCCUAUUCUCGUCCGCCAUGGAAUCAUGUUGAGCAUGUUUCUUUCAAGGCAGGGACCCAACCAGCCUCCUCAUGUCGUAGCGCCAUGGACGUCGACGGAGCAGAGAAGGGCGUUACACCACAAUCCGACAGAAAUGUGGAUGCUCGUUCCAUUUCCAAGAUAUUUGAGUCCCAAGGAAUUAAUGAAGACUGCUGGGAGUAUGGUCUCCAACAGGACCCAGUGACUGAGCGUACUUACAAGACUGGAAAAUGGACACCAGCUGAGACCCUUAUUUUAGUACAUUUGAGGCGCGACCAUUUCGUGAAGUAUCCGGGCCAGGCUAACCGAAGAAACGUGAGAGCCUCUGCAGCAGAACGGUGGAGUGAGGUGGAGGACGAGAUGUUCAAGCGGAACAUUAUGAGGUCCAAGUCCCAGUGCCAAGAGAAGUGGGAGCAGCUGGCUUCUGAUUUCAGAAAAGUCUAUGACCACCAGCGGAACCAUGUUCCUUUGGGCGAGCCAGGUUACUUCCAAAUGAAUUCAGCAGAGAGGAAAGAGCGCAUGCUAAGAUUUCCCAAAGCUCAGCUUGACGAGGCCGUGUACAACGCACUGUGCGAAUGGUACCCUAGAAGCUCCCAAGUCUCAAGCCUCGGAGAGCUUCCAGACAACAUUUCCGAUGAUGUUGCAGCAGUAUCCAGAGGAAAUCUUACAAAUGAUGCCCCGGCUUCAGAAGAACACCGACCUGUACAAGAAGAUGGUAUAGGUGACUCAAACAGCCCUCAUUUGACCAAGCGGCGUCGGCUCUCCACUAAAGCUUCCGAAGGUGCAUUCUCAACCAUUGCGAACAACCAAAAAGAAAGCUUAAACGUUAACUCCAUGUUCGUGGUACAAGACCGUGAAGACGCUCGCCACAAGUUGCUGUUAGAGAUGAAUGCAAAGAAACACCGCGAGACGUUGGAGCUCAAAGCAAGGAUACACCAGGACAAGUUAAUCAUUGAGAAGGAACGGCUUCAACAAAGCGCAGCCCUAGGUCAAGGGUACAUUGCUGCCAUGCUGAGCAUUGCAGAUGCCUUGAAAGCCAUUGGAGAGUCUUUGAAGAAGGACAAGAGUGGUUGACGUGUGAAUAUAUCCAGUUUUUGCCGUUGAAAGGCAGCAGUUUUAAUGAACGAAGACUCUAAUGUGGAGGAAUGAUAAUGGCGGUAAAAAGAAGUAGGACUAGAGUUCAAUAACUUGUUGCUAACCCACAUUGUGAAACUGUGUAUGCUCUGCAAUAUAGCAGGACAAAGCAUUGGUGAAUAGUGAGGAUUGUUAAUAAUAUAACCAGCGCAAGAAGUGAAACACCCUUUAUUGAUAAAUACAAUCUUUCCAACAAUCCAUCA